AAGUUCUAUGUAAAUUGGCCAUAUGUGUUUUGAUUGAGUUGUCAAAUUUCAUAUACUUUCAGUUUAACUUUAGUUUUUUAGUUUAACUUUUAUAAAAAAGAAAAAAACUGAAAACUAAAAAAAAACUUACAGGACAGCUUUUACUAAAAUUUCUAAAGUGCCCAAGAAUACAAAACCAAAAUUUAAAGCGUGAGGUGCACAGAUGCAAGCUAUGUCCCAACAAACUUCUAAUCCACAAAAAAAAAGUAAUGAACAUGCAAGUGCUAGCAACAGUAAAAAAAAAGGAGAUGCAAAACGUAAAUUGGAACAACAACAUCUUAAAACAAAACUUUUUGAAGUAGAAGGUGCAGGCGAUGGAGGAUCAGUAAAACAAAAGCAGCAUGAUUACUCAAAUUGCCAACUAUUAAAAUCAAAGAGCCCACUUCAAGCAACAACUGCUGCAAACAAUCAAUCAAAACAUAAGGAGGCAAUUACAAGCAUCGAUAAGCUGCAACAACAAAUGCAAUCAAUUUUAUCAUGUAGUAGGGUCAAUGCAAAACAGCAAAUCUGCCAUCUUCGAAAUAAUUCGGAUUCACAAUGUGGUUCCCGCCGUAAUUCAUUGGCUCGAGAACAAGAAUCUGAACAUCACGAAGCACAUGAUCAACAUCCCAAUUCUGAAAACAAUCGACCGCUAAGCAAAUCUGCUCGAUUACGACAAAAACGUAAAGCUGCUCAACGAAAUAAAUAUGUAGCUAUUGAUUGUGAGAUGGUUGGUGUGGGCCACAACGGUCAAGACGACAUGUUGGCACGAGUUUCUAUCGUAAAUAAACAGGGUGAAGUUUUGUUAGAUAAAUUUGUUAAACCAUGGAUCACGGUAACUGAUUAUAGAACAAGUAUAUCUGGUAUCAGACCUAAAGACAUCGAAAAUGGCGAAGAUUUUCAUUUGGUUCAGGAUGAAGUUGUUGCAUUACUUCAGGGUAAAAUUCUUGUUGGCCAUGCUAUCCGCAACGAUUUGGCUGUAUUACACAUAAAGCAUCCAUAUAGAAAUAUACGCGACACUGCCCGAUAUAAGCCAUUAUGUCGCCUAGUUUCGAAUGGACGAACUCCAAGCCUUAAACUUCUUAGCCAAGCAAUUUUAGGUAUGGAAAUACAAAUAGGAGAGCACAAUUCCGUCGAGGACGCGCGUGCUGCUAUGAAAAUUUAUAACUGUUUAAGCGGAGACUGGGAAAAAUAUAUUCAAAAGCAACAACAUAAUCACCAUAAAUAGUAUUAAAGCAACUUGAGUUAUAAAAGCAACAAGCCACUUUCAUAUUUUUUUACUAGUAAUCAAUGAACUAAUUAAGUGAUUUAGACUUAAGUUGCUAAUAACUCACCUCACGUCAUGAAAUAAAUAUAAUGGAAAUAAUUCCAAACGUUUUACAUGGAACAGACCAAAAUACAAAUUUAAAAACCCAUAAUAACAAUUUAGUACAAUUUUUUAACUUUACACAUAUUUUUUAAUUUCCAAAUAUAAAAUUCUGAUGAAUUUCUUUAAACGCGAAACUUCGUUGAUCUUAUCUAGCAGAAUUUGAGCCAGUAGCAGUUGUGUAGUGCGUUUUAUGUUACUUAUAUUACUAUUAUGUAAAUGUAAUUGUUAGUAAAAGGAGACAAUUAUUGUUAAAGGUAACAAUACAAAAAUACAAAAUGUUAAGAACCAUUCAAAAUAUUUUUGAUUAUAAA